GCAAUUAUUAAACUGAAGGUAGUCUCUGAAUGAAAACUCUACUCAUGUUUAACAACGUCAAAUAGAUCUACCGACAAAUAUAUUGCAUGUUUUUGGAUACGAAGGACCAUAAAAUGCCUAUUAAUUUGACUUUUGUUUCUAAAUGUGUUAUAAGAUCUCGUUACUAUUGGAAGGAUACCAAUACUAUUCUCUACUCGGUAUGAUAUAUUAUUGACCGUUGGUUCCACCUAGUUAUUUAAUGACGAUGAUUGUCCCGUAUGUGUGUUACAGCAGUGUUCCGUCUACUUUAUACUGUUGGAUUUAGUCUUGUUGAGGUUUCGUAUACUUUGCCAGUCUUCUAAGGGCAAAGGCAAACCUUUGUAUGCACCGAGAGUAUGAAUAAUGUUUCGAACGUUUCUAUACUUUGGGGGUUUAGAUCAAAAUCCAAUGUACACGUGGAAGAUCGGAAAUGAUAUAUCCGGUAAUUUGGAAAAUCUGAUCUGCGUUUUUUAGUCUUAUUCAGUGAACGUUGUACUCCGACAGUUGGUUGACGCGUUGCUGUAUCGUAAUCAAUGAAUAUUGAAUUGUAUUGUUUUCUAGCAAAUCAGUUUCACUGUAUUAUGAUAGAUGAAUAUUGAAGGCAAUGAGUAGGCAUUAAUUCGAUACAAAACUAUAUUUGAUAUGUGUAUGUCUAUGUAUGCUAGAAAUUAGAUUAAAGGGAAUUAUUGUACAGUUUCGUCAUUUGUACACGUUGUGAUGCCUAUUUCCUGAUUCGUACGUCGUUCAAGAAGCAUAAUAGGUUGAGAGUAUGAUGCACCGUCGGCAAUUAAUAUCAGAUAAACGUCCAGAAGAUAGAUAAAUCUAAUGCUGUUUAUUAGCACAAUACAAAUGUCGAUACAGUUAUGAUAUUAUGUUAAAGAAAACAUUUAUAAUGAAGUUAAUCUUAACUUGUUUCGUGUUUGGUUGUAUUUUAGACCAGUACAUUGGCGAAUAUAAAAAACAUAAACAGCAAUUAUUAGAAAAUAAUACGUAGUUCAUGCAGGUUAGAUGUCGAAAAAAGACAAUUCAAGAUUGUGCCUUGAAAUCUGCACCGACAAUGAAGAAGAUUGGAAAGUAUUUAUGGGGAUUUGUGCUAUUGCAUUUCAAGAUAGUAAUCCGUUUAAACGAUCGCAUCCUGAUCCAAGCAAACGAAAAUUAUUUUUGUCAGAAUAUUUUAAAUACGUUUAUGAGACCGAGUUGUCGAACGGUCGAGCAGGUCUUGUGUGUGUGAAAAAAAUUAGCGAUAAUCAACAAAAACCAAAAAUACUUUACGGGUUUUGUAUGAUUCAUAAAGGAUCUCCCAAAAGCCGAGGUGAUAAAACAUGUAUGGAAAACAUUGAUAAAAAGGGAAUGGAAAUCAGUUUGGGGGAGGACGAGUGGUUGGAAAAGAAUAUUCUUUCCAAAAUGAGAGACCUUUCAAAAAUGCUAAAUUUCACCGCAGUAUAUGCGUAUUUACAAGCCAGUGUCCAAGAACACAUGAACAAUGGUGUUGGAAGCAAAUAUAUUCAGGCCUCAGCUGACAUGCUUGUCCAGGAUGGCAUAAAACGAGGUUUGAUACCAGCUCAUUUACCUACUGUAGUGUACGGAGUUCUAGACGACGUCAGAGUCUGGAGAUUUUACAAACAAGCAGGGACUAUUGAAAUUGCUCACUUACAUCAUGGUGAAGAUGACAAACACAAAUGUCGCAAAAUUAAAUGCAUCGAUAAUAAUAUGAGAGACAACAGAAAUGAAAUUUUUGACUGUGUUAUCGUUUUGGGACCUCACAAGUUCUUUUUGCAACAGUUGAAAACUGUCUUUAAUUUCAAAUCAAUGCUUUAAAUAUUUGUCAUAGAAAUAUUCUACUUUUUACUUCCAUAAUGCUAUAAAAUUUAUUGAAUGUUCCCUGGUAAAACUAUCUUUCGUGUCAACCAGUCGGACUUAAUUUGUCUGGCAUAGGCCUACUACAUAUGUGUGCAUAGUGUCGUUCCAAUAUGUUGAUACUUGUGGUGAGAAGUCUCAGGCCUUUGUUCUGAGCCCAAAUUCAACGUCGUUUCAAGGUGUCACAAUUUACAUAGUCUAUGCAGAAACAGAACAAUACGCAACUAAAAACUUAUACCCCAGUUUUUGCUGUAACAGUGUUAAAAACUAGAGUGUGAAUUGCACGUUAUAGGAAUAUGCUACACAAGAACAAUAGUAUUUAUGCAAAAUUGUGAACUGUUUUAAUUUAACACUUGAUUUUUUUUAUUCUAGAAUUAGUUGUGAAAAAUGAAUCAUUUUUUAAUAAAAGUAUAUCCAUGA